AUCGUCUGGGAGAGGCAGCUUUUUUUGGUGGUCUCACAAAAGGCGUGGAGCAAGGGCCCUGGCUCAGAAUCAGGACUGUGGCUAGCAGGCCUGGGCCAGCCAGCAGGUGGAGCUGCGACCCCUGGACUCUCGCCUGCUCUGGAAUAGGGAGCGAGUCGCGGGAAGGAGGAAGGAAAGGGUUAAGGAGCUGGUGAUGAUGGUGGAGGAGUCUGGAUGCCUCUUUAGGGAGACCCACCCGCCGCGCGCUCCCCCUUGCAGCCCACCCAGCCGCGGUGGUGGGAGGAAGGCGGCGCACUGGAUGCUGCCGGGAAGCAGCGCAGGGGCAGCGAUGCAGCAGCAGCAGCCGCCGGCGGAGAGGGCAACGGCAGGCAGCGUGGAGGGAGGCGCGGUGCGGGCCAGCCCCUGAUGCGGCUCUUCCUCCUCCUCCUCCUCCGCCUCCUCUUGGGCAGCGGCUCCGGCAAUUCCCUCCCUUCCUCCUCCUCCUCCUCCUCGUUUCCCGGCGGCACCGGCCGCUGUUGCCACGGCGGGGGAAAAUGAGCAGGUCGGCGGCAGCGGCGGCGCUUCUGCUCUGCCUGCUGGGCUGCAACGUGUGGAAGGCGGUGACCAAAACCCUCGCAGCGGCGCCCGACGCGGCUCAAGAAGUUACUCUGAAGGUCCAUGUGAGCGACGCCAGCACGCACCAGCCCGUCACCGAAGCCUUUAUUGAGAUUUUUACCAACCAGAUUCCCAUUGCCUCUGGAACCUCAGGAGCAGAUGGCACUGCCUUUAUCAAGUUUCAGUACAAGCUGGGCAGUCAGCUGAUCGUUACUGCGACUAAACAUGCUUAUGUGCCAAACUCUGCGCCAUGGAAACCUAUCAGAUUGCCUGUGUUUUCUUCUCUGAGCCUUGGCCUUCUUCCUGAACGCUCAGCUACUCUAAUGGUAUAUGAAGAUAUUGUACAGAUAGUCUCAGGAUUUCAAGGUGCACGGAUUCAGCCCAGAGUUCAUUUUCAAAGGAGAGACCUGAAACUGCCAGAGAACACCAGCUAUAGUGACCUCACAGCAUUUCUUACUGCAGCCAGCUCACCUUGGGAGGUGGAAAGUUUUCCUUAUUUACAAGGAUAUGAAGGCAAUGGAACCGGAAAUAACACUAGGUAUGAUCUUACUCCUGUCACUGCAGUUAGUGUUCACUUACUCAGAAGUGAUGGGACUCCAGUUCCAGUGAAUGGACCCAUCUUCGUAACAGUGCCUCUCCCAACCAACAACAACUUGAAGCACAAUGCCCAUGUGCCAGCUUGGAGGUUUGACCAAAAAUUUGGGACGUGGUUGAAAAGCAGUUUAGGUGCCAUACAUCAAGAAGGAAGUGAGAUGACCUGGACAUACAUUGCCCCACAGUUGGGUUACUGGGUUGCAGCCCUGUCACCUAUGAAUCCAGGUCCUGUUGUAAACCACGACAUAACCACUUACCACACCGUGUUUCUUUUGGCAAUUCUAGGAGGGAUGGCUCUUAUACUUCUUGUUCUACUGUGCCUCCUUUUGUAUUAUUGCAGAAGAAAGUGUUUGAAACCACGUCAACACCAUAAGAAACUGCAACUUUCCUCAGUGCUUAAUGGCGCUAAAAAGGAUCAAUCAACCUCUAUGUCCCACCUCAACUUAAUAUUUUCACGCCGUGAAUCAGAAUUCCCAGGUGGGCUGUCUGUUGCUAGCAAAGGUCACACAGAAUCCUCAGGACACAAGGAAUUAAUUGGGGCUGCUCACAUGGAGAAAGUGUGUCCAGGUGGAGAAGCAGAUAUGCAUACUCCUAUGCUCAAACAUACAUACAGCACCUCACAGGAAUUUAGCUCCCGAGAAGAAUUGCUUUCCCAUAAGGAGAAGGACCAAAGCCGGAUGUCUCUAGAGAACAUGACUUCUAGUGAUACUUCACGGAAAGACUAUCUUAAAUCAGUGGAUGCUUUCUCUAUAAACCCAAGGAAAUCUAUGGAAACAUCAGAAGGUUAUGACUCCCCUGACAAGGAAGAUCAUAGGAGGAGUUAUAAUGCAAUGUUGACCCGGCCUUUAUUUGAAAAGCAAGAGCAAACCUCCAUGAACCAUAUAUCUACAGGAAGUAAAUAUAAUAUUCAGGAACAACUGUACCCCAUCCCUUCGGCACCUGAAACAGAACUGCUAGACUGCAGACCCACUGAAUGUAUGAUGUCUCGCUCUGUUGAUCACCUUGAAAGACCCACUUCUUUCCCUCGGCCAGGUCAGCUGGUCUGCUGUAAUUCUGUUGAUCAGGUUAAUGACAGUGUUUACAGAAAAAUAUUGCCUACAUUAGUCAUUCCAGGUCAUUAUAUGAAACUUCCUGGAGAACAUCCUUAUAUUAGCCAGCCUUUGGUGGUUCCCACUGAUCAGCAAAUCAGCAUAGAAAGACUCCAGGCAGAACUAUCAAGCCCUCAUUCCCAGCUUUUUCCACAUUCCCAGCAACAGAUACAGCCUCAACAGUUGGCUGCACAGGCAAUAUCUCAACAACAUUUGCAGGAAGCAGGUACAAGUGAAUGGAGCCCACAAAAUGUUUCUAUGUCCGAAUCAGUAUCCAUUCCUGCAUCACUCAAUGAUGCCUCUUUGGCACAAAUGAAUAGUGAAGUUCAGCUUCUUACAGAGAAAGCUCUAAUGGAGUUAGGAGGAGGUAAGCCUUUACCUCAUCCUCGGGCAUGGUUUGUUUCUCUAGAUGGGCGUUCAAAUGCUCACGUUAGACAUUCAUACAUUGAUCUUCAAAGAGCUGGAAGGAAUGGAAGCAAUGAUGCCAGUUUGGAUUCUGGUGUUGACAUGAAUGAGCCAAAAUCUGCCCGAAAGGGAAGGGGAGAUCAUUUGUCUCUGCAACAAACUCAUCAGCAAGUGCAGGAACAUCCACAAAAAGAGCAGAAGGUUCCAGACAGCACAACAUAUACGCAGCUUGUAUAUUUGGAUGAUAUGGACCAAAGUGGCAGUGAAUGUGGAACUGCAGUUUGCAGCCCAGAAGACAGUACUCUACGAUGUCUGUUGGAGGGAAACAGCAGAAGAACAGGUAGCCAGCUGCCCAGCCUGCAGGAAGAAACCAUAAAAAGAAAUGUAGAAAGUUCACCAGAGCCUUUAACAAGUCCAGAACAUGGAACAACUGUCCACAAUGAAGUUGACGAUGAUGAUGAUGAUGAUGACGAUGAUGAUGAUGACGAUGAUGACCAAGGAGAAGAUAAAAAAAGUCCCUGGCAAAAGCGAGAGGAAAGACCACUCAUGGCUUUCAAUCUAAAGUGAGCUACCCUAAAUCCGUCUUUUCUCAGUGGAAUACAAAAUUGCCAAAUAUUUUUAAUGUGGAUGCUCUCCGUUUAUCAGUAAAGGAAAAGAGAAGGGGGGAAAUAACCCUCUGGUGGACCACAGAGAAAGUGCACUCAAAGAAUUGCUGUGCAAAUUCAAACUCUGAAAAAGCAGUUUGAGGAACAUGUUGAGAAAAGAGCUUAUAAGAGGAUGACUGUGUCCAUUUCCUUGACAUCAGCCAUCAGGAACAUUUAGACAGAUUGGCAAGUGGUAUGGCAGAUUAUGACCUCAGAUUUCCCUAGAAAGGGAUUUAUGUGAAACUUGGUUACAUUUUCUUAAUUCAGCUGUAUCAUGAUGAUGCUACUGAAAGGGUAUCUUAAAUUAGAGUUCAACACUUGAUGUCUACAGAUAUGCAUUAUCUCAAAGGAAGGCUAUGCAUUGCUGCUUUUUAGUAAUCUUUUUGCUUAAGCUAUGCUUUUCCUACUUAUUUACAAUGUAGUUGUAAAACAUUUUACAUCUUUGUUAGAGCCUGCUCAGCAACUGAGUUUUAUCUACAUGAAGCCUGAGUAGCAUUUCUUGGUAUUGAAGAGCCUUUUUAUGAAACCAAAACUGAAUUUUGAGUCCGCUGCGAUUCCUCCAGUUCUGGUCCCCAUUCACUCCAAGUGCCUUUUUUACAGGAUCAAUGAACAAGCCCCUUAUUUUGCUAAUGCCUUGAAUAUUUGGAUUUUUUAAAUUUCUGAAGCUGUACCUUUUCUUUAAACUGCAUGCCAUCAAGUGUCUGUGCUGAAUGACUCCUCAUUUCACUACAAUGUAUUCUCUAGCUAUGGUGUGUACUGUGGAUUCUGUUUAGCAAAGAUAGACUAGAGGACAUCUUUUUAAAACAAAAACAAAACCCAAAGUAGCCAAGAAGAUAGUUUCACUGAGUGUACAUAUGGUGUAUAUAGGCUCAAGUAACGUGGAUUAUGGACCAAGCAAGUGGACUGAAUGUGUUUUAGAAAUGUUGGGCAAAGUUAUUAUGUACUAUCCAAAAGUGCCAGAUACACUUCUGAGCUUUCUCUAUAUAAAGCGUCUUGGUUAUCCAAAAAUUAUAAUUGAAAAAUAAACUUUUUAAACAUUGAGGAUUUUUUUAAUUCCUCCUUGGAAUCAAAACAUUGUUAUUUAAUAGACAAAUAGUUUAUGCUGUACAAAGAGAACAUUGAGGUCAGUUUGUCUCAAUAUUAUUGCUAUCUUCAUAGAAUCAUAAGUGGUGUCUGCAGCGGUUCAUAUAAUGCACUAUGCUCGGAUAUCCUCCACCUAGGCUCCUUUGAUACUUGCAUAUCCCAGCUUUUUCUAAUAAAUCUCCACAGAAGGAUAGAGAAUGCUUUCCCAGCCAAAAGGCCAAGAAGCGAUUACUACAGCUUCCCUAGACCCAGAUCCAGUCUUCUGUAUCAGAAAGUCCCUGCACAAAAGAGAAUGUAGGUCCUAAAUGUUGUUCUCCAUCUUGUUCAAAUGUACCUCAGGCGGGUCCUAUAUGUGGGUACUUUUUGAGUCCCUGCACAAAAGAGAAUGUGGGUCCUAAAUAUAGUUCUCCAUCUUGUUCAAAUGUACCUCAGCUACAUGGUACUUCAAUAAAGACGUGUUCCAUACUCAAGGUAAUGUGAAUGCAAGGGGAAGAGGAAAUCAACCUAUAGGGAGGAAUUAGCAAGUAGAAGAAGGAAGUGCUUAAUGUUCCCGCAUGACAAUUUUCCACAAUUUUCCACAGUUUUUCCACUCAAGGACAUUUUUGUCCUCCACUGGGCUUCCUCCCAAUCCCAGAGCCUGGCUGAAGACAAAAAACUGGUAAAAACCAGCUUGGAGGGCCUUUCACAGAGAGCAUAUUGUAGGCAGGGAAAGAACAAGCACCCUCCAUGUGCCAGUGCUUUACACACACACACACACACACACACACACACACACACACACACACCCCUCUCUUUACUGCCAAGCAGCACAAACAGGAUUGGAAUUCCAUGUUUGCCUUAUAAUGUCGUGUUCUGCUGUCAUAUAGUUUGUUGAAAAUACUGAGUGUCUACCUGAUUUUUAGAAUCAGAAGGUGGAGGCGCCUCAUUAAUAAUCAAUACAUGAAGAAAGUCAUCACAUUCUGCUAACCUAGCCACUAACUGUAAGCCAUAGAAGAGGAAUUCACAACCUUUGUUGUGCAACAGAUCUUUGGACAAAACCUUAGAAAGUAAUUUUGGAAUACACAAGAAUCAAGUGCCUAGGAGCCCCUCCAAGACAAGAGCCCAAAUAGGGUGUAGAUAAAUCCUAUACAUUUUUCCCAAGGGCAAUUUUGAUGCCUGUAACUUUUUCAAGUGAAAAUUCAAGACAAUUUGAAUUCAGCUGGGGUUAAACAAAUGUUUGAGUUUUCUUGACAUUAGCAGUAGCUCUUCAUAUUAAUGUAGGCAUGCUUUUUAAGUGGUUUCCUAAAUUGGGAUUAGGGUGAGUAUAUCAUUAAAGGAACAGAACAAGUUGUGUAGAUUGCACAAAUUAACUGCAAUUGGGUUUAUAUAUGUUGUCCUUCAAUAAUACUGAUAACAAAUAUUUAAGAAAGUUGUGCAUUUCAUAAUUUCUUGAGACUUCUGCAAUGCUUGUAUUGAGUAAUACAUAUGUAACAUUUUAUAUUUCAAGAUCAGGGUUGAUAUGUAAUGCACUGGAAAGAAAUUAACAGGUGCCUGUGCAGUGCAUUAAAAACUUUAAUAUAUGUCA